AUGAGUUCAUGGGAUCCAUAUGCAAUAACGGAAGACCCUAACGUCACGUUCAUUGUCCCGCAAGAGCCAAGCGCCUGGCAACGAUUCAGAGGGCAACCAUUUCUCUUUCUCGCACUCAAGCUUUAUGACUAUCGCCGGAUCAUCCCAGCUCAGCCAUCAAAGAAGCCUGUCUCCGUCGUCUGCAUCUCAAACACUUACUACCAAAGCCCCAAGAUACCAGAAGGUGAUAUCCUCAUCCAUGCCGGUGAUCUUACCCCCGACGGAUCGCUCGCCUUCUUUCAAAGAACAUUGAACUGGCUCAAUGAGCAGCCUCACCCCAUCAAGAUCGUCAUUGGUGGUAUGAAUGACCAGUUGCUGGACCGUUCGAAAGGCAAAGGUCGAGGCUGGGACCAUGGAGACUACGAAAAGAUCAAAUGGGGCGACAUCGUGUAUUUGGAAAACAGCGGGACCACCACCAUGGCACCAAAUGGAAGGCGACUACGUAUUUGGGGCAGUCCGAACUCGCCGAUCCGCGAAGGAAAAUUAGGAUUUCAAUAUCGACCUGAUGAUGACUUCUGGUAUCGAAAGAUUCCUCGGUCCGUCGACAUCCUCAUCACGCACACCCCGCCUUAUGGACACCUCGACUCCCGCAUUGGUUGUUACUGGCUUUUACACGAGCUCUGGCUCAAUCCUCCUCGUUUGCAUGUCUUUGGUCGUGCAGAGGAGAAUCAUGGAACCGAGAUAUUGCAAUAUGAUAAGCUUCAAAAAGCGAUGGAAUACAUGAUCGGUCGCGAAAAAGGCCCCAAGCAAUUUUGGGAGGUUCUCAAGGGCUUUGUGCUCUCUUGGUGGCGACCUUCUACUGGGCCUCAAACCAUACUUGUCAAUGCCUGCAUAACUGGGGGAUAUUGGAACAUGUCACGCCGGGCACCUAUCAAGGUUGUCAUCUGA